GUGCGCCGCGGUACGCAUUAUCACACUCUAACUUGAGUUGAGCAGUAGACAGUAAAAUUACUCCGUCAAAUAAAUAUAACUUUAUUCGUCGCAAAACCCUUCUAACCCCCUACAUGUAAACCCUCGCCCUGUCUCAACAUCGAGAUUUGCAGACAUGGUGGAUCCAUGGUGGUCUCUGUUGGGUGCAGCAAUACCAGCUGUAAUUAUUGGGCAGGCUAUGAGGAUGAAGAAAAGGAGAGCUGAAGAGCAGAGGCAGAACAGGGCAAGAGGGCGAGAGAAGAGCUCUGAUGAUAUUUUUGUUUGUGAGAGAGUGUGCACUUCAAAGAGAAUGCUAAAGAAGGUUGGUGCACUGUCAAAAGACCCAACAACUGAUACUUGUGUAACUGUUUGUGGUAUUUCUGAGCUUGAUGCUUGUGCUGAUGCGUGUGCAAGAACUGUAUGUGUUAAUCAACACCAAGUCCCCAAUUGGAAUGACAUCUGUCUUAAGAAGUGCCAAAGUGAGUGCCUUCGUUUAUCAAAUUCCUCUGUUAUUUCAUAAUAAGUUGCUUAUUAUUAUCUGACUUGGAUUCAUAAACGGUUUCUUGUAAUAUGCAAUGUUCUAGGGAAUUGAUGAUUGGCCAAUUUUCACUAGUUCA